UUCCGAAUGAUGAUUUAUUUUUCAAUAAAAGCAUAAUGUGCCCAAAGAUGACUGCUAGACAAAUUGGUGCGUCACUGUACCGUAUUGUAGUAGUAUGCACCGUGUCUGACGAUCCGUCUUCUGUCUGUCCGUCUGUCUGUGCGGCUAUCUACAUCCCUUCGUCGUUGUCGCACGUGCUCACCCGGCUACCCCGGGGGCUCCGAAUGCCGUCUACACCGACUGCCCUACUGCGCAGCCACCACGGGCGCGUAUGUGUGUGUGUGUGUGCGCGCGCCUGGCAGCUGAUCGGUGUGUGUUUGUUUAUUCGCCGUAGCGCAGCAGCUCUAGCUAGCCGGCGGCGCAAUCAACGUAAACGCGACAAUGACGGGCUCACGACAGAACGGCGCGAGGCUCCGCUAUCAACAAAUGCGCGGCCACAUUCAUUCAGUUACGCACCGCCGCGCAGUAAACAUCUCGCUCAAUUCGGGUCACCCGCAGUCGCGCUCGCACACAUAAGAGUGCACAGUUGUUAUUGCAGGACGGAUCUUUGCGUUUGCCAAAAGCAGGGGUCAAAAACGGAUAGUGAAGCCCAGCAUACGUUUUCUUCUGGGUCGACCGGGUGUUGUAGAGUUCGCGAGUGAUUCGCCGCAAGCGAAGAUGCGGCAGUAGAGCAAGCCAGACUUUACGUUCCCUCCAAUUGGUUCCCAUCAUCAUCGGUAGUAGUCAAUAACGUACUACUGCUCGAGCGUUCGCUCACUGCUGUCAAAAUCAAACCUUCGGUUGCCAACGGUUACCGGAUUGUGGCCUUUGGACGGGUUUUUCCUUGGUGUGCGCGCGCGUAAAUUACACAUCACUUUAGUAGCACAGCAACACAAACUGCUGCCGCAGGGGCUGUGUGAUUCGCGGUGAAGGAAUUCCCACCGUACCAAUACACCAACGCUCUGCGAAAGUGUGAAAUUUGCGAUAAAGUAUCGUUUUUUUUUUUUUAUUUGCAUCGCACGGACCCUCUGCUCUGUGGAAGGAACUGUCAUCAACGCGCGAAACGGUGCUGUUUUGUUGUUGUUUAUCCUCCGCACGGAAGAGCUCUCGGUUGUGUGGUUGUUCUCGACGGAGAGAGAGAGAUCCGGAGAAAGAGUGAAAGCGUGGAGAGAGAGAGAGCGAAAUUUCGCAACAUACCAAAUUUGACAGGUUGUUGUUUCGAGGCGCACGACGGGCCAAAUAAACAACUAAAAGAAAGGCACCCGAACGCGAACGCGGCGCAUUAUCCGCGGACUGUACACCCUCCCAGUGUUGUAGUGUUGUAGGUGAAUUGUGCGUGUACGUGUGAUGCGAAUUCGGCUGCAUUUGCAUCAUUCUGACACUUCGGCCUUAGUAGUUCCUGUUUUAGUAGCGAAGCAGCAGUAUUUGUGUGCGUCGUACAGUUCGAAGUGCGUGCAAGCGUUGCGUAGUGAAGAAGAAACAAAACACACACGCACACACACACACAACGUCACGGCAGCAUCCGUGCGUCAAGUGCAUCUUGUCGGUCCUUGCUGAACCAACCAACCAAAAAAAAAAGAAGAAAAGAAAAAUAAAACCCGUAAAUCGAAACAAAAGCGAAGCGAACAAGUGUUGUCCGUAGUUUCGGAAGUAUUUGCGAGUGCGCGCCGAAUUGUGGUGGCCAGAAAUAGAGAAAGUGUGAGCCACACGGAGAGCGACAUAGAAAGGGCGCCGUUGCGCGUGUAGGUCGUCGUGGUACGUCGUUCUAGCAGCGAAAGAGAAAAAAAAAACAAGGGUGGAGAAAUUGUAGGGAUCCACCAAGCAAGCAGGAGCACCAUUUCUCCCGCGAACAAAAAAACAAAAAAAAAAAAGGUUGUUUAAAUAUACACAACAGAGCGUCCCUUUCGCGAGACGUCCUCGCCAGGAGUGGUACAGUGACAACACACGCACGCAAGCACGCAGAGAGAAGGAGCGAGCGAGUGAGAGCAAGAACGUGCCUUUGAGAAUAGGUAGCAGAGGCAGCCAGCAGUAGCAGCAGCAGUAGUAGCAGCAGCCGCAGUAGUAGUAGUAGUAGUAGCAGCACGACGUACAAACGUUGGCCAACGGAAACGCCAACGCCACAAAGCGCGUGCAGAAGGAAGUGGCCGUGGGUGGCCAAAACAGUGCGCCGCGGUCCGGGAGUGCGUUUUUCUCGGGUAACGGCCGUGUAAAGUGCAGUGUGAUACAUGUAACAGCCUUCCCCGGAAUCGGAAGGGGCUGCUCCUUACCUAGUGUUGUAAGUUGGCGUGUUGAUCCUGGAGAGCAGUUGGCCAGUUCUUCGUCCAGUUGCUGCAGCAUAGACUGGCAGCAGCAGCGAACCGAGCAGCAGCGGAGCCCAACAUUCUAGCAGCGUGAUUGUGGUGGUUGUUGACCACCGCGACCAAAAAACGGCCCCCAUCAUGAAUAAGCUCGAUUACGAUGUCGAUUGCUUAGAAAUAAGUGACGACCUGAUAAGCAUGGCCGAGGACAAUACUCUUGGUGAUUUUUCACAUAUCGACGAUGACCUACAGUUUACAGUUAAAAACGAUGGAAUGCUCGCACUAAGAUUAAUACAAGUGGCAGACAGUUUAGAUUCACCUAACUUUAUCACAGGAUCUCCAGCUAGUCCAUACCCAACGCUAACAAACUCCAGCAACGAUCCCAGUCAAUGCUCCUUUCUAGUGUUUAAGAAAAACAACGACAAUGUGAAACAGUCCCGCUCCGCCGACAGUGUCCGGGGGGUGCAACGGACGUCGGAGUGCAACGGUGACACGAACCUAAACCGAAAGCGGGACGAUCGGCGAAGGGCGAACCACAACGAAAUCGAAAGACGGCGGAGGGACAAAAUCAACAACUGGAUCCACGAGCUGAACAAAAUCAUCCCCACCGAGCACAUGAACAGCCCGUCGUCCGAGACGCAGAACAAGCAGAACAAUGGCGGUCAGGGUGAGAACCUCUCGAAGGGCGGCAUACUGGCGAAAGCGUGCGAGUACAUUACGCGGUUGAAAGACACCAGCGACAAGCUGACCGAGUGCCUUGCCGAGAAGGAUCAGAUACUGCUGGAGAACCUGCAGCUGAAGGAAAGCAUCAACCAGCUGCUGGCGGAGAACAAGCGGCUCCAGACGCAGCUACAGUUUGCGCUCGAAACGAACGUCAAGCUCGAGUCGUAGCCGUUGGUGCCGUUGGGGACUAGCAAGCAGCAGUGCUCGGUAGAACCGAUACAGCCGCAGGCGGAACGACUGCUGCCGCAACAGCCUCAUCAUCUUCACGCUCACCACCACCAGCAGCAGCAGCAGCAGCAGCAGCAUCCCAGCAGCCAGCAGAAAAAUGCGUCCCAACAGACUGUUGUAACGUACUGAGGAACACCGUAUCAAAAGCAUACGGCGGGCCAGCACCAAAGGCGAACCGAAAUCAAUAACUUGUAAGUAUUCUAGUAGCUCGUCAGAAGAGGGGCAAAAACGGCCCCCCCCCCCCCCCCCCCCGAAAUCAGAAUCGUUGAAUGAAAUCAAUUUAGUCGGCACGAUUGGUUUGUUAUACACCGUACACAUUAUCCGUGCUCCGGGAUAGGGAGGACAGUGCCCGAGUGAGGCCCGUAUUACUGAAUUUUAGGUGUCAUCAAGCGUGACACAAUCGACACGUCGGUCGGUAGACUGGGCACAGCACAGUCGGGGUUCUUCAUUUGUUCGAUGUUGUGCGGUAGUAGGGCAGGACCCUAACGCAUGUCUGGCUGUGGCAACAAAAAAAGAAGCAAAACACGAAACCAGUAGACUUGAGAUGAGGGAUGAACCCGUAUAUAGUAGGGAGGGGUAUGCACAGCAGUUUUUAGUUGUCCGUUUAGUGUCGAUUUUUCUUUCGCCUGGAGUUGAGCUCGCUCGCCUUGCAAGGUGUAAUCAUAUCUAAGUCAGCGUACUAGUUGUAUAGACGAUAGCCACUAACGAUCGGUCCGUAGUAGAGUUCGCUUGUUGAGCCGUUGAACUCGAUUCGAUUUGUUGCCGUGCUUCGGUUUGAAGUUAUGUGGGUGAUCUGUGGGACAAUCGCGCAAAAAAGUUGUAUUUUCCUCAGCAUCGUUGUAGUUGUUGUUGUUCAAAUAGCUGUGUUCAGUUACUGCGGGCCUAAGGGACGGGUGGGACGAUCGAGGCUCGACGCUAGCAACGAGCUCAAUAAUCAACCGAACUUUGUAAGGAGGACCAUGCUCGGGAAUUGGGAAGCUCAUCUUUUUCAUCUCCGGAACCGACACACACACACACACAGACAGAGGGAAAAAAUCUUCCGCCCAGCCGCUGAUAGAAGCAGCUCGGUGUCAAUUGUGUGGACCAGCAUUGGGCGAUAGAGGGUAGAUCAGCCGAAAUAAAGCCCAUUGUUAGGCCGGCUAAUCUAAUUCCCGAUUCGUCGGCGGUCGUUCUCUUCUUUUGGGGCGACAUCGUCCAUCGUCCAGACGUUCUGUGCCGCUGAUCAAAACGGACCUCGAAACGGACGGAGCCGGGAGCUUAUAUCAACUUUAUCAAACUGAUCAAUUGGAUCCCGCGUUGGGGAGGUAUUUAAGCCCAUCAGCAUCAUAUGUCCCGCGGAGGGGUUAGCCCCGGUACUUAAGCUACCCAAUACACUUCAAUCGAUUGGCAGACCGUUUGAUUUAUUUGUUUAUGGUGCAGGGCCCCGGAAACAAUGGAGGAUCGCGAGCACGGGGUGGGUGCAAACAGCGGAGUCACAGCGUCAGCGAACUCACGAGGCUCAAUUAUUUUUGCGUCCUGCGCCGGGUGGACGAUGACGGUUGACGAAUGGGCCCUAUUUCGCCAUGCAUACUUCGGGUGCGUGUGAGAUAAUGUUCAUUCAUAUGACUGUCGUGUGACGUAGAGCCGGGUAGAGACGACUGUGAGCGGGUUGUCUUAGAUAGGGACGCACCGGGAAGGGUGCCCGAUACCCGGCGCGCCGCUGCCCCAUAAUCUUGACGGUUGACAAUUAUGGCGCCAGCACAUUCGGGCCGCUUAUCACUCACUCAUUUUUGCCUUUGCCUCUCGUUCGGUACGCUCUAGAUGACAAAAAGGGGUGACAAAUUUGCUUGCCGUGCAUGGUGGAUUGGUGCUCGUUACAAAAAAGAAGCGCGCGCGCGCGUGUGUAUGUGUGCGGUGAGUGUUAUCUGUGCGGAGGAAGGAAGGCAAAGAAUUCCUCCCAUUAUCUCGAAGCCCGCGGGCACAAUGGAGAUAGAAACGGUGUGUCGCCAUCCCCGAGGGGUUCACUUUCGGUGUGAUGAAGUUUUAAAAUGCCGGGGCUUUUAAAAUUCUUCCACCGCAGCAGCAACAGGCUGAUGUAAUGAAGCUGUGAGUGUGGUAAGAGUGGUGGAGGCUUCUAGGAGCGUAAUACAGAGAGAUGCGCCAUUUGCAUUUGGCCAAAGAUCAUAAUGUACUGUACAGAAUGUCCGGAACGAGGCAGGUGUGUGCGUUCACAUAUUCCGCUGGCUGAGCGGUGGGAAAUACAUACAAGCCGCAGUGAGCGAUCGGGAAUCGAAAUGUCAGUCUGGAAUGUCGCUAGUCAGGGAACGGAUGCGAUCUGCUGUUUGCCCUUUGCAGGCUAAUUGCGCUUCGAUUCACCAGAAUCCAUCUCCGCCCAUCGCGCCCUCGCGAGUGCAUCAUUUCCGAAUCGUGAUCGCAAUGUGGCAGGCAGGCACAGGCCUUCACUAUGACGGCACGGUUUUUGCACGCCUCCUGGAUGAUGGGCAACCCGAACGCCUGAAGCUCAAUCGCCGUGGAAAAAAAAAUCCCAUCGACGACGUCACCGAUACUUAUCGAUGUUCGCUCAUGUUCACCUAAUUGUUAUUUCUUGUUAAAUACGUGUUUCCGUGAGGCAUGACACGGGCCCGUUCCCGGCACACUCCCCGAGUCGUGCAGUAAACGUGGGAUAAUUUGAUGACGAUUUGUUUUGAAAGCGAUCGCACGCGCCACACGAGACGUGGGCACGUUCCGGGUGGAUCUUUUUGCUGUUUUGCUUUCUUUUUCUUCUGUUUGCUGUUUACCGACGGUUUGGUCCGGGACCGGGAGUUCGUAAAUGACAAUAAUCAACCAUAAAUUGGAACUAGAUCGGUGCCGCCUUGUGACGCGAUCACUUGACAACGCGUCUGGCGCAGGAUCAAUGCGGGUGUGAGCGGGAGUUAUGGACAAUACUGACGUCAGAUAGAGGAGAUAGGGAGACGUCACCGCGGUGACGUAGACAACGCAAGUCACUCGGGAACCGUCAAUGUACAUUACCAAGAGAUAUUCUCGUACUGGAAAGCAAUUAUCCACCACUGUAUUCGUUACAACAGAGAGAGAGAGAGAGAGAGAGAGAGAGAGAGAAAGAGAGUAGUAGAGUGACGUUUGCACGGUCUUGUUUGACAGAAAUCCCCCGAUGUACAUAGCAUCCAUUGUUGAAGAUCGUUCUUGAUUUUUUGCUUCACGUCGGCCAUAGACUUUCAUCGGCUUGAAACGUGAUUAAAAGACGAAGAAGAGUUGGAGCAAAAAACAAAAAUGGCGACAAAAUCGAACUAGAGAUCAGCGCACGGAGACGCGCGACAGAGAUUGAUUGAAUAGAGCAGCGCAACAAGUACUUAUUAACUGUAGCCCCACCGUAGCUGUACUACUACCGAAUCGUUGACCAUGUUUUAAUUGGACUGCUUGGAAUUGGAAGAAGCUGUAAGCGAUGACGAAGCAGCAGCAGGAGGCCACCGUAUUAUCUCACACUUGUGUCACAUUGUGCAGUUUUUUUUUUUUUUUUUUGGUGAGUUGUGUUUGAGCCCUAAGCAUUAGAACGUGAUAAAUGGGGGUGGCCGCCGGAUGUGGCACAUCCCGGCAAUGGUAAACAGUGGCGUAGAAGAUCUCCCCGAGAUGAUCGCGAUGGCGUUGCAGAUGGUGGCGGCGCCCUAGAUUGUUUCCGCGGACCCAUACAAUCGAGCCCACAGAGCGUUGGCAAAUAUUGGACGCGCGGUUUUGCGAAAGAUUUACAAUCGCCACGCAAGCCAGAUGGAUUGGGGGGGGGGGGGGGGGGGAUGGGGAGGGGUUAGAAUCCUAAGUCAACCUACACACUCGGUGGCAUGUGUCAGCAUGUGUGCAAACUGCUGCUGGCUGCAAAUCGCCAGCACGAGCAAAAGGUGAUUUUUUUUUUUUGCUGGGAUUAGUGUGAGAUUUGGUGCGUUGUGCUGUGGCGGAGGAUUUAUGGAGGCCCUCGGAUCGGCCGGGCAGGCUGGCGUCAUCCUGCUGGCGCGAUAGCGAAGCACCGGGCAAAGUGUAUCAGUAUUUUUUUUGCAGUCAGAGAGUCCCAGCUACUACUUGUGUUUGUUUUUUUUUUCUUCAUUUCUUCGCGCUUCUAGUUGUUACUUGCUUAUGGGAUCGUUUCGCUAUAGUUAUAGUAAGUCGAGCGUAGCAGUAUUUAGUAUUUCGGUUUCCGUAGUAGCCGUUGCUGUACUAAGCUGGCGGGGUGCUUGAAGAAUGCGUGCAGUUGCUUUACUACGCGCUAAGUUUACUAAAGUUUGUUUAGUAAGGCGAAGGCGUGUUACUGUUAUUGUUGCCUAGGUUUACUAAGUGUAAGAGGGGUGCGGUUUCUACUUGCUACGGUUUAAUGCUGGUGUGAUACAUGUCCGUCACGUCUUGUACGCGCGCACAAGCAGCACGACAGCUGGACGGAUCAGUGAGAAAACACAAGUAGAUUAGUGGUAAGGAGGACGCUAGGUUCUUAGUGCAAACACACUGUAGUGCCCCCGUUAGUAGCUACUAACCGGUGAUACCGUGUCGCAUCUUUCGUUGGGAGAUUUGCGUUUUCCUUUUGUUUUGUUUAUAUUGUUUAGCAGGUUGUUGUUUAACCGUUGUUGAAUUAUUCCAGCUCCACCGGAUUCGGUUGGAGUGGAGACAGUUAGUUAAGCUUUACGUUUAGUGAAACGAAAACAAAACAAAAUAAAAAAUGCAAUAAUAGUGUUAACGCGGAGGUUGAUGGCCGGCAGGUAGAGGAAGCAUAUUAUUAGACAUGAAUUUUUGUUUGUUUAUGUGUCAGGGAAGCGGACGAUAGCAAGUGUAUCAGUACAAUCGGGGCUAUGGACUAUACGAGCCCGGCCGGAGCGGAGGGCAACGUUUGGUGCAACAAAAAAGAAGGACAAGUGAAUCAAAGUCGUAGCAAACUUAUUAAGCGUGUCGCCUUAAGUGCAACUAAAACAUAAAAGGCCAACAACGAUAUCGACCAUCAUAUGGUAAAUAGUAAAAGAAAACAGACAACAUACAAAAAAAACGUUAAGAAAGACGCUCAACUGUUGAACGGGAAGGAGAAGUGUAAACGAAAGCAAAUAACAGGAGUAUAUAAAAAAAAGAAAAACGGUAACGAAAUCUAAUACAAUAAUUAAAUUAUAAUUAAUUAAUUAAAACAAAAGCAAAUACAAGUGUUACUAAAUUAUUGCUAUUACAAUAAUAUUACUUAAAGAAAAACAUAAAACUGGAGGAGAACAAAGUGGAGAAACAAAUCAACAACAUGAACCAUUGUAUUAUCUACUGAAACAAAAGAAAACCCAGUAAAAGGGAGGAAAAGUGAAGACAAAAAAUACAAGGACAACGUUGUAAACCAUACGUUUCGGCUACAGUUUACAAAAUAAAA